AAAUAAAUAAAUAUCAUAAUAUGUAAUCCUGGUAAACUUGUGCUCUAUCUGGAGAGUUAAUAGAGACUCCGGUAAUAUCCAAAGUGAGUGGACACAUAUACGAAAAGAGAUUAAUUGAAAAACACAUAGAGAGUACAGGCACAUGUCCAAUAACAGGAAGACCAUUGAAUAUAGAGGAUCUGAUCGAAGUGAAAGUGUCAAGAGUGUAGAAACCAAGACCAGUAACAGCUACAUCUAUACCAUCCUUAUUGUCAUUGUUAUAAAAUGAAUGGGAUGCAUUAUUAUUGGAAUAAUUUUAAUUAAAAUAGCAUUUAGAAUAAGUUAGACAUGAAUUGACUCAUGCUUUGUAUUAGCAUGAUGCUGCUUGUCGUGUGAUUGCUAAAUUAAUUAAAGAAAGAGAUCAAGCUAGAAUAGAAUUGGCAUAAUUAUAGCACAAAUUAAAUCAUAAAAUUGAAGUAGAAGCAAAUAAUGCUCCUGAGAAGUUAUCAUCCAAUUAUGUUGCUGAAAUUGAAGAAAAUGCGCUUAAAUUAACCAAUUAAAGAAAGGUUCAAAGAAAGUAGCAGUCAUAUUUCGAUUAAUUCCCAGGCCCUGAAAUUCUCUCAACUUAUGAUGUAAAACAAUAGUACUAAUAAACUUAAGGAGGCACUACAUUGGAUACAUAAGGAAAUUAUGUAGUAGUAGGUGGAUUGGCAGGAUAGGUCUAGUUGUAUUCUCAAGAAAAAUUGGUUUAUUAAGUUUCAGAACACACUUAAAAUAUUACUUCAGUGAAUUUCUUUACUUAUGAUGAGCAUAUAAGAUUUGUUUCAGCUUCAUUAGAUGGAAACCUCAAAAUUUACUAAUUCAACUCUCAGACUCAGGAAGGUUAAGUUGCUCAGACAAUUAACAUUGGUUCAAGUAUUACUGGAGUUGCAAUCCAUCCAAUUGGAUAUAUUGCUAUUAUAGUUACCAACAAUGGAUUAUUGGCAUAUUAUAAUUUGAAAAGUGGAUAACAAUUGAGUAGAGUAACUGAUUUUGAGGGGUAAUGUCAAUUCACUUGUGUAACUGUUCAUCCUGAUGGUUUGUUAUUGGCUAUUGGAUAAGCGGAUUCCUAAAUUAAGGUUUGGAAUAUAGUAAAAAGCCAAUAGUUAGCCCAAUUUGAAGGACAAAAUGGAGCUGUCACAAAUCUAUCAUUCUCUGAGAGUGGAGCUAAUUUAGCCUCGAGUAGUAGCACUGAAGUUAAUGAAUGGGAUUUAAGAAAACCAGGCUAAUUCUAAAAGAUUCAUCAAGAUCAAAAGAUAGGUGCAAUUUCAUAUGAUCCAUCAGGAUAGUUUUUAGCUAUUGGCAGUAACAAGACUAUUCACUUCUUCGAUGUCAAGAAAAAAUAAGAAUUCUUCAAUAUUGAGAGUCAUAGGGAUGUUGUCACUAGUAUUAGAUUUGGACAAUUAAGCAAAUAUAUCUAUAGCUGCAGUGUUGAUAAAAUAGUAAAUAUCUAUGGUAACUGA